AGGACUGACAGCAGUGACUCUUUAGUCAGAGCGGUGAGAUCUUUCUCGGAACAGCAGCUGGAUCAUUUCAAAGACUUUUUUUUUUUUCAUAGAAAAGUUCAACUGUGUGCUAGACCUCGCUGGGCAGUAACUACACAGGAGUUUAAAUGUGACCCCCAGAAAACCUACAGAUGCAGAACACUUUAAAUCAUCAUAACAAUGGCAUCAAUCUGGCUUGUGUUGUGGAUAUAUAUCAAUGCCAUGAUAAAAGUGAUCCAAGCAUCAUCAUGUGCUAAGAUUCACACACCUGCCUCUAUGGUGCUCGCUGGCUCACCCGUAUCAGUGUCCUGCUCCAUCGAGAAUGACUGCCCGCUGACUAAAGGCAAAGACUUUCGUGUGGCAUGGAAGAUUGAUAACCAUUUUGUCCCCAGCAAUCUCUCUUACCAGGAGAGUAGCAGGACGUAUGGUGUAAUCAUCCCUAGUCUACCAGACGCAGGCGCAUUCAUUGCUUGUGCCGUGUGUGAAGAGGAGAACUGCCAAAUUGUCAAUGGAGUUAUAGUUAAAGUGGGAAAUCCUCCAUCUGUUCCUAAAAACCUGAGAUGCUCUUUGAAUCUAACGUUCCCGAGCAGAUUCCUUUGUCAGUGGGAUCCUGGUCAGGAAAUGUCAAAUCUUCCUACAAACCAUACUCUUCACAUAUUUGGGGCGAUGUCAGAAAAUGUUCGAUAUGUGAUCCCACCUGGAGUGCAUUUCUACUCGAUUCCACGGGAAUCUUAUAGUUUAUUUUCAGAGAUGGAGAUUAAUGUGACAGCAGUGAAUGUCUUUGGGAACGCCACCUCUGAAACCUUGAAGCUGAUCCCUCUGGAAACAGCAAUGUUCGACCCUCCGGAGAUUAAGAGGAUUGAAGCAGAUGUGUUGGGCUGCUUAAAUUACAGCUGGAGUCUUGCAAAAUCUCAGAAAUGGUUGAUGACGCCUUUCACUGUAGAGUUGAGAUUGAAAACAGUGAACAACCAGCUAAACAAAGAGCUGGUGUUUACCUUCUUUAAACAAAACAAAAUAAAUGUGUGUGGCCUCUCUCAUGGGACAAAUUACAGCACCACAAUGCGAGUGAAGUAUACUUCAUUGAGUAAAUGGAGUGAAUGGAGUGAUCUGAAAAUAGCCACCACACUUAUGAAGACUCCGACUGGAAGCUUGGACACAUGGCUUAAAGUGUAUGAUCAGACUGCACAACUCUACUGGAAGCCCUCAGAAAAGUUCAGUGCCAAUGGCUGGAAUUUGUCAUAUACUGUCGAAUCAAAGGAAUCAAAAAAGGCUUUAUGUGUUACACGAGAAAACCACUGCUUUUUCAAUCUCACCAAGUGGGUUAAAAAGGUUUACCUGAGAGCCACUAAUGCAAUGGGGAGCUCGGAUCAUACCAAAGUACCAGUGUAUCGGAAGAGAGGGCUGGGCUCUGUCUCUAAUUUCAGUGUUCAUCCCCAGUCUGAGACGUCAGUGCUCGUCGCGUGGGGACGACCGGCGUCCCCCCAUGUCACAGGAUACGUGCUUGAGUGGAGACCUCUGUGUGAGACACCGGCAGCUCUCUUGUCCUUUACUCUGAUGGACAAAAACAACUCCAGUACCAUAGUAACAGGGUUAAGGCCUUACAAGCCCUAUGAGAUAUCUAUUUAUCCCAAAUAUGUUGACAGGAUUGGACGUCCUCUAACCUUAAUGGUAUACAGCAGUCAGACAGAUGGAAUUGAAAUGGUGCUGUUUGUUAUCCCAGCAUGCAUUGGGUUAUCACUUCUCAUCAUCAUCGCUGUGUUUGCCUGUGUUGGGAAAAAUGAACGUGUGAAGAUGUGUUUGUGGCCUAUAAUUCCUGAUCCUGCCAACAGCAGUAUUAAGAGGUGGACUGACACUGACUCAUUGCAGGGCAUGCCUCACUUUAAAGAAGACAUGGAGCCUGUGUUGGUGUAUAUGUCCCACUUCAGUCUUCUUGAUCUGGCUGAGAACGAGCCAUUCAAGAGUGACUAUGUCAAGGAGAACCAGUGGUCACAUGAUAUCGACAGCCAUGAUGAGAGCCAUCCCUCAUUCCAGACCUGUGUCAGAUAUGAUACGGAGCAUGACAAGGAUUCUAUCCCUUAUGCCACAGUUGUUUUCGGUGGUCCGUAUCAAAACCAUUCAUCCUCUCGACCAGCCUACGUUCGCUCGGAGUCCACACAGCCUCUGUUAGGGGCGGACGACCCUGGCAGCCCCCCACCGUAUGAGAAUGUGUCACCAAGCGGCAGUGUUUCUCAAGUACAACACUUCACUACAUUCCCUCAGAAAUCCACUGAAAGUGAGGAGAAUGAAGAACUUUGGGAUGAAUUCCCUAUGCUCAAAUCCUUAGAGAUUAGUGAUAAUGUUCAUAUCUAAAGACAAAUUCAUCCAGGCCCAAACCUGACUGAUUUGGCUCACAUGAGAGAUCUGUUUAUGAAAGAGAUUAGCAAAAAGAAUCUGUCUGUGACUAAUAGGCCCACUCAGUACCUUUUUGCUUUCGUUUCAUUAUUAACUUAUCGCCAGGGACUGCAUAUAGAUUAAACAGAUGACAUAUAGUAGAACAGACCAGACCACUGGUAUUACAAUGAAUGGGAGAAAAUGGAACUCCCAAAAUGGCAGCUCUAAUAAAGUAAGUCCCACCUUUUUCAAGUAAAAGAGCCAGUCAACAAAAUCACUUCCUGGUGUUUAUAUACAACUUGUCUUGAGAAAUCGCAUAGAUGCAUUUUAUGAUAUCCUGCACUUCCAAGUUCAUUCUUUCAUUGUAGCUAAGCAGAAUGUCACAAGUACAUUCAUGUGUUCUUAGCACUGAGAAACUGUAGCAAAUUUCUGCAGCAUUUCAAAAAUAAUAAUAGUAAGGAUACUGCUACGAUAUCCAGUAUAAUGGGUUAAAAGGAGCACAUUUCUGGUUUGUUAUUAUUUCUGGGGCUGUGGGCGUAUAUGAGACAAAAAAUCCUGGACAACACUGAUGUAUGUUACUUUUUUUUGGCUGUACUUUUAAUUCAAAAUAUUUUGAUAAUGUGAUAAAUGUUACAUGUUCAUUUACUUCUUAAUACUACCUUACAUUUGCCACAUGUUAUACAUUCACCUCUUGUUUGCAUUCAGUAUUUUUUUUUAAAGAAUACAGAUUGUGGUGACAUCUGACAAUGUUAAAACACUUCCUACGUAAAGGACAAAAUAAAUGAUUUCUCCAUUAAUACUUUUAUACUGGAAUGUGUGAUGGUGCAAUGUUUUCAGUAUGCAACGUAUGUUAGAAAACAUUCUUUUCUUGAAGCUCUGCAGAAGCUCAGCUGAGUUUAUAGACAGUAUAGCUUUAUAAAGGUGAUGCUGGGUUACAAACCAGCAUGAAAAGUGCAGUCCCGAGUGUUUAGCUUCAUGACUUCAAUGUCUUAUACUAAAUAGCAAGAAUUAAUUAUGUCUUGCAGAUGUUUCAAGGCAAUUCAAGUUAGUUCUGCAAUA